UCUUCCUCUCGUCCCUUCGUUUCCUUUCUUUCAAACUCCUCUGUUUCCCUUCGAAACGAUUCAGUUUCCUUUGCUAACGGUAGCUCCCAUGGUGCUAAACUCAAUCCCUCCUCCACAUAUCCUUUAACAAACAAGAAGGAAACACAAAUAACACCAUUUUUGCCUUCUUUCUCAUCCUCGAAGUCCAUUUGCAGAGCUGGUGAUUACAAAUUCCCAGACCCAAUUUCCGAAUUCGCUGAUGCUGAAACGGAGAAGUUUAGGACCCAUCUGCUAAAGAAACUCUCCAAGAAGGAUAUGUUUGGGGAUUCACUUGAAGAAGUUGUAGGAAUCUGUACUGAGAUAUUGAGUACUUUCUUACAUACUGAAUAUGGUGGCCCCGGAACACUCCUGGUCAUACCUUUCAUUGACAUGGCUGAUACCCUUAAUGAGAAGGGAUUGCCUGGAGGACCACAAGCUGCACGAGCAGCAGUCAAAUGGGCUCAGGAUCAUGUCGAUAAGGACUGGAAAGAAUGGACUGGUUCCACCUAAAACAAAAGCCCCCUUAUAAUAGUUAGUUCAGGGCCUUCAGGCAUUAAAAAGAUUGAACCCUUGCAGUGCAUCCCCGUGAAACUGACAGGCAAUACUGUUUAGUGUGAAGAUGAUGAGUCAGAAAUGAAGCUUGUGCAAUUUUUGUUGUCGAAGUUGUUGUGUAGCUUGCAAGAGAAGAAGAGCCCCUUUUUUUUAGACUUCCUGGAUUUGGAAUUGUUAUAUUUCCAUCUUUUUGGAAUGAUCAUUAUAGCAGCAUUAUUCAGUCUAUAAAACAUUUUGAGUUAU